GUUGUUUUUAUAUUGAUUGUAGAAUUCAUAAGAUGAUGGAAUUUUUCGAGGUCGUGCUUGAAUUUUUCUUUAUUGGAUGGUUUUGGGGGUAUCAUUGGUUCUUUUAUGACAAACCAUCUCCUGAUGAUGGUUCUUUACUGUACUGGUUAAGUUUGGGUUUCCUUGCUUUCACUGUCAUUAGACAUGGAUGUAUAAUUGUAGCACUGUUUUAUGUCUGUGCAUUACUGCCUGUUUAUAUAUGUUAUCACUCGGUUGCAGGAGUCAUUAGACUUAUUAUCAUGUUUAUCAAAGCAUCGUAUGCAUGCUUUUCGAGAUCAAACGAUGUAGACUCUGAAAGGGAAGAUGAAGAUAUUGUUUGUUGCAUUUGCUUGGGAAAUUGCGGAGAUGAAAAAGAGGGGAAACUACCAUGUUCUCACGUGUUUCAUUUGAAGUGCAUAAGGAGGUGGCUGAGAAUUAGACCAACAUGUCCUCUCUGUCAAUCACAGUUCGACGUGUUUCCAACACUCUUGUAUCUCUACGAAUGAAAAUGUACGAGGCUGAGUUUUCUUUUCGUUUUCUCACUAGUUUCUAACUCGGUAUCAGGAUAACUCAGAGAUGUCAAUAUUGAACCCCUUUGUG